GGAUUCACUGGGGUUGACUCAGUUUAACUUUGACCGUUGGCGCGAUCGGAUCGUGGGGAUUUGGAUCUUUGAGAUCUUUUGUUUAAUGAGAUUUUGGUGUUUAAAAUGUGACACUUUAGUGAGAGUUUAGCACAAACAAGUAAAUGAAUCUCGCCAGCAGAGGCUUUAGUGUAAACAAAUGGAAUUAUCAUCGUAUGCGGCGAAAAGAUGCAAGAUGACCCGAUCGCACGUAAUAGUCCAGAAGAUGGUGAUACCUCCGAGGAGGGUGAAGAAAGUGACGGUGAUAGUGCCCUUAUCUACGUACCUACGAAUCCCCUCGAAUGGACCACGGACCACAUUCAUUCGUGGGUUCGGUGGCUGUCGAAAAAGUUUCAAAUCUUCCCACCGUUGGAACCGGUGCGAUUCCCGAGCAGUGGAGCCGACCUGGCCAAGUUUACCAAGGCGGACUUUUGGGUGUGUGCCGGUUCGAAGGCCGGAGGUAACGCCCUGGCCAGGCACUAUGCCCACCUGCGACAGAUUGGAAGCGGCGGCGCCGAGGACAGCACGCUGGCCAACGCCGUUGAUCCCGAGCCAUACCAACUGUUGAACGCUGCAUCUCAUCGUUUGGUAGCACAAGGUGGGCAGAUCCAACUGUGGCAGUUUCUGCUCGAACUGCUCGCUGAUUCGUCGAACGAGCGUUUCAUCCACUGGGAGGGAACCGGCGGAGAGUUUAAGCUCACAGACCCGGACGAGGUGGCCCGGAGGUGGGGAGAGCGGAAGGCAAAGCCCAACAUGAACUACGACAAGCUGAGCCGGGCGUUGAGGUACUACUACGACAAGAACAUUAUGACCAAGGUGCACGGCAAACGGUACGCGUACAAGUUUGACUUUCACGGGCUGAUGGACGCUUGCCGGGCCCAGGCACAGCUGGCGGAACCGACCGGCACCGGUUACCGGUACUCACCCCACCAAAUCGAUUCCUACGGCGCUGGUCCGUCCGAAAGCAGCAGCACGAGCCCCGCGAGAAGCUUCGGAACAACAUCCGGUGGUGCCGCGGCCAGCCCCGAGUCCGUAGGCUCGUCCGGGUCAUCGACGACGGCGACGACAGCUACCUCGCACAUUCCCACCGUCGUGGCCGGUUCCAGCAGCGGAUCCGUGAGACCACCUAUGCCGAUGCUUCCCUCCUACUGGCCACCCUAUCCGACAUACCACUCGAUGUCAUCGGCGUCGUCGUUGGUCGUACCUGGGGCGUCAUCAGCUGUUACUGGUAAUGUUGUUCCUGUCGUGACGACCUCGGUCAUUCCGACGACGACGACCAGCGCGAGCUCGUCGACGUCAUUCAAUCAGUGAGUUGUAGAGAGAGGGAAUGUGUAACCUCAAAAUACACGAUUGAUGUUCCUGAAUUCAAUAACUAAUAAUUCAUACAAGACAAUUCAACAAACAUUCAGUGAUUUUUGAGUGCAUCCAAGGGCAGAAAUAGAAUUUGAUUUUAAUUUGUAAUUUUUUGAAUUCAGUCUAGAAGAUUAUUCAAAGCUUCGGCAGUCCUUGUUUCCGAAAGGUUUCCAUCAAACUUCGAAUACAUUCGGAUAAUCGAGUUGAAUUUUAUUUAUAAUGCAGAAUAUAUGUCAUCAAAUUGAUUUUGCUCAAUUUAUUGAACAGAAAACUUAAAUUUUUCCGAAUUUGGUAAAAAAUUAUAACCGAUUUUGCAACAAAUUCAACCAAUUUUCGUUAAAAAUUUGUUCUGUUUGAUGAAUUAAAACACCUGCCAAAUAAAAUAAAAUAACACAUCUUUACCGGUACUUUUCAAAUUUCAAAAAUCUUAAAAUGUUAUGUUCGUUAUAUUAAAUAUAAAUCAUCAAAAAUUACAAAAAACCGUUACAGAACUGCAAAACAAAUAUCAAAAAUAGUAGAUUCCAGUUUCUGCCCUUCAAUGUAACUCUCGUAGCUCAAUAGAAUGAAGCAGUGAAAUUCAUUGAUGUUAAGUAUGUAAAGGUAAAAAAAUGGUCCUCAUAGAUGCUCACUCGUUCGUUUCUGUUAACUUUCUCACAUGUUUCAAUAUUAUGCAUUUAUUUUUUGUUCGACAUUUAGCAGUUAAGGCAAUAUUGACAUAAUACGUAAACAUACAAUAAAAUCUGUACAUUGAAAAUCAUGACAAUUGCAAACAAUUUGAAAAUAAAUUUUAAAUAACUACAAAAAUACUGUUUCAUUUCUC